GGAGGGGAGGAAUGAGGGAGGGGCCGACAAGGCUUGGCUGCCCCAAGAGUACAUGCACACUCACACACACAUCCACUCACUCCCACACACUCCCAGGGAUCAGAGACACUCCAGAUAGAGACGUCAUCUCUCUGCCCCCCCCCUCCUCCUCCCUCCUUGCUCUUUGGACCUUGAAAAUUUGGGAUCUCCAAAUGAGUUGCUCCCCAGCUGCGGAGUGAGUGAGAGUCGCGUCUUUCAGACUCCACUCGCCCACAGCUGACUUUUAAAAAAGGCCAGGCCGAGACGCUGGGGGAAUACUUCCUGACUGAGUGGGAUCUGGAUCUGAUUAGAGCGUGGAUCUGUUGAGACUGAUGCUGCAGACAUGUUGUGGGAGCGCUGCAUGACCGGGGGAUUGUGGAAGUGAAUGAAAGCUUUAUGUGGAGUUGGAAAGAGAGAUGCUUUUCCUGCAGCGCCCGUGUGUGAUGAAUCUGGAGCGCAGUGAGAGAGGGGAGCGUCCUUCUCCUCGAGGCCUGGACAUGGAGGCCCGUACAGGGGGGAAGAUGGGGAAGAUAUCCGUGGGCUUCCAGAGGAGCUCCACCUCGGAUGAUGACUCUGGAUGUGCGCUGGAGGAGUAUGCGUGGGUGCCGCCGGGGCUCAGGCCCGAACAGGUCCAGAUGUAUUUCUCCUGUCUCCCCGAGGACAAGGUGCCGUACGUCAACAGCCCCGGAGAGAAGCACAGGAUUCGACAGCUCCUCUACCAGCUGCCGCCGCACGACAACGAGGUGCGUUACUGCCACACUCUGACUGAGGAGGAAAAGAGGGAGCUCCACAUGUUCAGCACCCAGAGAAAGAGGGAGGCACUGGGAAGAGGAACACCCAAGAUCCUGCCCCGAGCUCUGCAACACACCCGCUGUGAAAGUUGUGGCGGAGGCAUCAACGGAGGGGAGAUGGCAAUUUUUGCCUCCAGAGCAGGGCCGAGUCCCUGCUGGCACCCAGCGUGCUUCGUGUGUGCCACGUGUCAAGAACUGCUGGUGGAUCUGAUAUAUUUCUACCAAAAUGGCAAGAUCCUCUGUGGAAGACACCACGCUGAGCUUCUCAAACCACGAUGCUCCUCUUGUGACGAGAUCAUCUUUGCGGACGAGUGUACUGAAGCAGAGGGUCGGCACUGGCACAUGAAGCACUUUGCUUGUUUCGAGUGCGAGAUAAUGCUAGGUGGGCAGCGCUACAUCAUGAAAGAUGGUCGGCCCUAUUGCUGUGGGUGCUUUGAGUCGCUUUAUGCAGAGUACUGCGAGGCCUGUGGUGAAAACAUUGGUGUUGAUCAUGCCCAGAUGACCUACGAAGGUGUUCAUUGGCAUGCCACCGACCAGUGCUUCUGUUGUGCCCAGUGCAAGACAUCCUUGCUUGGCUGUCCCUUCCUUCCAAAGCAGGGGCGCAUCUAUUGUUCAAAGGCCUGCAGCCAGGGAGAGGAUAUUCAUGCCUCUGACUCAUCUGAUUCUGCCUUCCAAUCUGCCCGCUCACGUGAAUCACGGCGCAGCGUCCGCAUGGGGAAGAGCAGCAGACCUGCCGAACAGUGGAGACAGUCGCAGCUUUUUAACCCCCCCGCCACCGUCCCCACGUUUGAUUACAAGUUUGGGGAUGGCGAGGGCGACGGAGACGCUGAUGGCGACAUUGAUAUCGUAGGGCGUAAGCUGGCCCAUCUUGGCCUGGAGGAGGAGAGGUUCUGGAGGGAGCGGGAGGAGCAGGAUGCCUGCGGAGAGGAAGAUCCAGAGGAGUGGGCCCAGCACGAGGACUAUAUGACUCAGCUCCUGCUCAAGUUUGGUGACCGCGGGAUGUUACACCAACUCCAGCAACCAUCCUUAAAAUCUCCCAGCCCCAGCAGUGACAGAAACGGGCUCAUAAGUGUCUCCGAUCCCUGGCUAAAGCCCGACAGUACACCCAUGGGGGUUACCGCCUCCUCACCCACCCCUGCCAGUCCCACCCAGAGCCAGACUUCCAAUCAGUCUCGAUCCAACAGCCAUAGCCCUGGACUGAUGAGCAAGAAGCACCUGCCUGAAAUGUACUGGGCACAGUCACAGGAUGGGUUGGGAGACUCUGCCUAUGGGAGUCAUCCAGGUCCUGCCAGUGCCAGAAAGAUCCAAGAGCUGGAGCUGGAUCAGGAUCAGGACCAGCCUGGCACAGGAAGACAGGCAUUCUGGCCAGACACCAGGCAGUGGUUUGAAGACUCUCUUGAGUGCAUUGCUGAUGAGCUGAGGAAAGUGGAGCAAGGUGUUGGAGACUCCAUGGACUCCCUGGCACUCUCGAACAUCACUGGUGCAUCAGUGGAUGGAGACGGCAGAGAUAGACCUAUAGUCUACACCCUGUCCAUGCAGGAUCCCUCGGUACCAGAUGACUGCGAGAAGAUGAGCAACAUGGGAACCUUUAAUUCCUCCCAUCUUCACCACAGUAAUAACUCUCUGAACCUUAACAUGGAGAAGGGAGACGAGGAGGUAGAGCAGGAGGUAGCACUGGCAAUGAGGGGAGGAACACCAGGAGGACUUCUCUCGUUGUCCCCACAUUCUGAAGGCCUCCCUCCCUCCUUUGUCCAUGCCCCGGCUCUGAGGAGGAGCAAGUCCCAGUCCAGGCCUCCUCAGAUGGUCAAGUUCUCAGAGGACACUGUGGACAAUGGAUACAAUGAUGGGUUUGACAUCAGUAUUAGAAAGCAUCCCAUGAGCGAGAGGCCACAGCGGAGGGUGUACUGCCCAGAGGAGAUGGGCCGAGAACGAAGCCGCCCAACGAGCCACCACGGGCGCAGCAGGCAGCACCACCGCCGGCAAGGCCGACACCACAGGAGUCGCAAAACCCGCUCGGCCAACGCCCUUCACAUGGUGCCCUUGGAGAAAGCGCAGAGGCCGUAUGAACACCAGCAGCAGGGUCUGGUAAACCCUCCAUGUGGUGCCAUGCUCUUACAGCAUCCCUCCCACAGGCUGCCCCUGGCCUAUCCCCAAACUCGAUCCGACUAUAUGCUUCAGGGCUCGAUGCAAGGAGACCCACGGGUUGAGCAUUUCAUGGGUCUCUACGGAGACGAGGAUGACUGGUGUUCCACUUGUUCUUCCUCCUCAUCAGACUCUGAGGAGGAAGGCUAUUUCCUGGGCCAGCCAAUCCCCCAGCCUCGAGCGGCGGGGCGAUACUACGCCGAGGACUACCCGACAAGAGUUACAGCCCUCUCCUCCCAGAUCCAUGGCUCACAGACUGGUCGCAGAAAGAGCCACCGCUCUAAGAACUGCAUCAUCUCUUAACAGUUCAGAGCAAAUUUACAUUAUAAUCUGCACUAUACCAAGCAAUGGACAGCAAACUCAGACCAAAUCUGAGUUCAGAAAGGCAGUUUAAAACAAUGCAUGUGCACAAACUGUGUAUUAUGCGUGGAUAGAAGGUGCAUGCCCACAUGUCAAGAUGCAUAUCAUUUUAGAUCAAAAUCUACUGAGAGAAUAAAUAUUUAAAUCUAACUGGACAGCAAGGACAAGACCAGGUCUGUGUAGUUUUUUGUGUAUGUGCAGAUUUGGCCUUGGUACUGUGUCUAACUGAAUUUUAGUGCUAAUAUGAUGCAUGGACUGAUACAUUUGGAAGCCUUUCUUUGGACGGUGCAGAUGGAAAUAACGCAGUUUGGCAGAGUGGAGACUUUUUCUUUCUUUUCAGCAUUUGCCGUUAAGUUUUUAAAAAAUGUUCACUUAAGUGUUUUGCAGCAAUAUCUUCGUGUGCAUUAAAAUGGCAACACUAUUGUACACAGAGGUUGACAAAGUAGAAAAUAGAAACUAACCAAAUAAUUAUUUAAUGCAUAAUAGUACAAAAUGAUAAUGUAUAUACUAAGUUAAGAUUUUAAUACUGGUAUUUUUAUAUCCGUGGUUUAAAGAAUUGUUCUCUUUUGAAGUGUAUGAUAAAAAAAAAAAUAGCAGUUGCAAUGGUAAACAAACAGACCUCGUUAAUAUUCUGAGAAACAACAAAGAAGGUGCCACUUCAUAAUCUGUGCUCUUCACAGUAAAGUGCCAUGUUACUUGGUAACAAUGCCUAUUUUACCAUAUAUUCCACAAUGCUCACUAUUGGUGUACAAAAUAUAAAGAAUGGCAGUAACACUCGCAGUUUCCAUAUUCAGCCAACUGUUCACUACCCUUGCUCAGACAUAACCAGCUCAAUGCUUUGUGAUGUAAAGACGCUUGUAAUAAAUAUUUUUCUCCGAAGCUUAAAGAA